AUGGGAAAACCAGAGGAAACUGUCGUGCUGUGGCAGUUCCCAACACAAGUUCUUCAAUAUUUCUUCGACUACUAUGGUGGAGUGUUGUCAUAUGCUAUCCAAGUAUUUCCGAUCUUCAUAUUUCAAUCGUACAACGAUCUCGAUCAAGCCUCGCUAGGCGAAAAAAUCAGCAAUAAUGCUUUCUACUACAUAUAUCUAAUCAACAGCUUCACACGACUUACUGACUUAGCGUUGAACAUCGGAGAACUCGGUGGAUACUGUCCGAAAUUGUGCGAUGUUCUCAACGCGAACAGGGUAUCGUUAAUGACGCGUUUGCCACUGACCUUGUCGAUGAUGACGAUGGAAGUGGAGAUUUGGCGUUCAGCAUUCGUGACCUCUCCUUUCGGCAAACCCUAUGAUGAGGAGGAAGAGCUCGUUUCAGAUCUAAGCAUUGACAUUCCUUUGAAUAAUAGUCUAAUCGUGACCGGACCCAGUGGGGCCGGGAAAACGUCUCUGCUCCGAGUUCUUGCAGAAUUGUGGCCAAACAAAUCAGGUAGUAUCAAGAGAUAUUUACCCAGACGUGACUAUCUGUACCUACCGCAAAGGCCAUAUUUACCCGUGGGUCGUUUAUCGUUGCGGCAACAAGUCUGCUUUCCAGAGAUUCCUCGCGACAUGUUUGACGACGAAAACGAUGCAGAAACCAUCAGAAUCAUGAAGAUCUUAUCCGAAUUACAUCUGAAUGCUGUCAUCGAAAACUGUGGUGGUUUGGAUACCGAAGUGGACUUCGAAUGGCAAGAUACUCUGUCACCAGGAGAACAACAACGUCUUUCCCUGGCCAGAGUAGUAUUCCAUCGACCAAAAAUGGUAAUUUUGGACGAGGCUACUAGCAGUAUUGAUGUGAACGAUGAAAAGGAUAUAUACGAACUAUUGCGGAAGGUAUUGCUGCCGGAUCAGACUAUGACACCGCUCAAACCUAGCAGCCUUGAAUUCGAUACUGGACUUACGAUGAACUGA